CUCUCUGCUCACAUGUUCCUAUGAUCAGUAGAUCACUAGAUUAUUAACAGUUUCACAUCAAAAAGGUGAACCUUAUAAAAUAAGUGUGUGUGAAUAUUUUGUGUAUUAACAAGAAAACGUGAUUAAUUAAACUGAAGUAAUUUUCCAACAUGUUGGAGCCGUUGUUGAGUCAGUUGAAUGAAAUGAGAAUUAUAUUAGCGAGCAGCUCCAAACAGCGUGCUGCGUUAUUGAAUAGUUUGAAGCUUAAAUAUGAGAUAUAUCCAUCCACUUACGAAGAAAAUCUGGAUCCAGCUGAACAUACUUUCUCAGACUAUGUAGAAAAAACAGCCAUUUGUAAAUUGACAGAAGUUUUCAACCGUCUGAAAAAUGACACGAGAAAGCCAGAUAUUAUCAUUGGUGUAGAUACUAUGGUUGCGUACAAUGGAAGGAUGUAUGGGAAACCUAAAUCCAAGGAAGAUGCCAUCAAGACAAUAACUGAUUUAACUCAAUCGGGCAUUCCUAAUGCGGUAUACACAGGAGUUGCUAUCAGCUACAAGGAUCAAAUACACAAAUUCACAGAGGUCACAACUGUACACAUGCAUAAGUUAGAACAGGAAGAGAUUAUAGCCUAUGUAGAAACUGGAGAACCUAUGGGCAAAGCAGGCGGAUAUGGAAUUCAAGGAAUUGCAAGCACCUUUGUCACUCGAAUAGAAGGCGAUGUAAACAAUGUCAUUGGAUUACCGCUCUGUCGUUUGUCUCUGGAACUGAAAAAAAUAGUUAUGAAUAAAUGAAAUUACUAAUUUUUUCAUUCCUACAGAAAUGUUUGGCCUGUUGUCCUGAAUAAAAUAUGAUUUCAA